AUGAUUUGUUCUGAUUUCAAUGGCCAGCUACUGGUACAAUUUUGAUUCCAAAUACUGGAGUGCUGUGUACAAGCACGUACAUGGCAAAGACUUCAAGUUUAAAGCUGGUUAUGAUUCAGAGGUGCGCCUUGGCUGGGCCUCUCUUUGGGUUGGAGAUGAAGGUGGCAAAGCAAAGACGGCUCCAAUGAAGAUGAAAGUUCAGUUCAUGCUCCAAGUGCCACAAGACAACAUUGGCUCUUCAGCCUUGAUGUUCCGGGUCAAAAAAAGAUGGGACAUAUGAUCUAAUUCUGGACAGCUGGUUCUCCUUUCUUAUACAUUAAAUAUUGGUUCUAUAUGGUAGCGCAGUUUGUUACAUCACGGCCGUUGUACUGAUUCUUGUUGCUACAUAAUGAACACCAUUUGGUUGUUAUUCUCUUUGAAAUUAGAGCUUUAGUGGCCAUCAUGUGACAGGAAGAUCGUAUAGAAUUUUAAGAGAAUUCCAAAUUUCCAACUACAUAAAGCUAUCUCCUGUUGCAAUGACGUUCAUUGCUAAUUUUUUAUGCAUAGAAUUUUCUAUUUAAU